AGAUAUAAUCAAUUACUAAAUUUUCUUAUUACAUGUGAAAUUCAAAGAUCAAUCAACAUAAACAAAGUGAUAAAUACCAAGCUUUUGUUAUUUUGUUCCUUGUCUUCCAAACACUGAAAACAAUAAUGGCGAAUCACGAGACAGAAAAGAACAAAAAAACUUUUUGAAGAAACAUGUUUAUGUGUCUUAUAAUAUCAGAGACAAAACAACUCUAAAAACAGAGCUCCAAAAUGUCUUCUCUUCUCAUCCUCAUCUUCAUUGCCUCAAUCAUAGCAUUCAGUAAUUACUCUUCAGUUGCUGCUACAACUCUACCUGACACUGUCCAUUGUAACAACAAUAACCACUUUUCAGUCUCAGGUGGGCUUGAUUGCAUACAAGAAAAACCAAGUUUUAGACAUGAGACAAAAGGUUAUCACAGAGAAUUUCAGGUUUUGUGUCCUUUCUCUGAGGUGAGAUGUGCAAAGACUCGACGGAUUCUUAAACAUAUUAGGCAAGCAAGAAGAAGAGAUCAUCAACACAAAAAGAGGAGAUCAUCAAGAUUCCUGCAAAACAAAGCAAAUUCAAACAAAAUUCCAUCAGAUAAGAAGUUCUUUUUCCCACAUCCAUGGUUUCUUCCUCCAAACCCGUUUGCGCCACCACAUUCGAUUUUUCCACCAAACCCAUUUGCGCCACCACCUUCGAUUUUCCCACCCAAUCCAUUUAAGCCGCCGCCACCUUCGUUUCUCCCACCAAACCCGUUUCAGCCACCACCUCCUUCAAUAUUUCCUCCAAACCCAUUUCAGCCUCGUCCUCCGCCACCAUCGGUAUUUCCUCCAUUAUUUCCUCAGCCACCUCCCCCUCCAUCAAUAUUUCCUCCAUUAUUUCCUCAGCCACCUCCUGCUUCUCCACCGUCAAUAUUCCCUCCAAACCCAUUUCAGCCUCGUCCUCCUCAGCCACCUCCUGCUCCUCCAUCGAUAUUCCCUCCAAACCCAUUUCAGCCUCGUCCUCCUCAGCCGCCUCCUGCUCCUCCAUCGAUAUUCCCUCCAAACCCAUUUCAGCCUCGUCCUCCUCAGCCACCUCCUACUCCUCCAUCCUUAUUCCCUCCGAUAUUUCCUCAGCCUCCUCCAGCUGCAGCUUCUCCUCCUCCAUCAAUAUUCCCUCCAAACCCAUUUCAACCUCGUCCUCCUCAGCCUCCUCCCACUCCUCCUCCAUCGAUAUUCCCUCCAAACCCAUUUCAGCCUCAUCCUCCUCUUCCCAGUCCUCCUCCACCAUGGUCUCUCUUUCCUCCACUGCCACCGAUCUUUCCAGGCUUACAUCCACCACCGCCACCACCUCCUCCCCCUCCUCCACCUCCAUCGUUUUUUCCAUUUCCUCCAUUCCCAUUCUUACCACCACCACGCAACCCUGGCCCUCCUCCUGCUUCAUCUUCUUCAGCAAACAAGCAGCCUCCUUAAUCGAACAAGAGUAUCAUAUGUAUAUACCAAACAUUUAGUUGAGAGAUGAACUAUAUGUUGUAUAUGACAGUCAUAUUUACAUAAGGUUAAAGAAUAAAGAUGAGUUUUCAACUCCUACAGGAUA